AUGGACGCUGCAAAAAUUCAUGGUGUGUUGGCAUGUACUGAUGAAGCGGUUCUUCCAGUUAGUCAAGUGUUUGAUGCGAUUAGAGAACUUGGAGAUGAAGGGGUUGAGAAAUUGGAUCCUUUGGUUAUUACAUCUGUGUCAUCAAUGAGCAAGUUUCCAGUGGAACCUUCCUCUGUGGAUUUGGUUGUUUUAAUCUGGAAGUCUCUUGAUUUUCCUAUCAACCAACUGACUCAAGAAGUCCUUAGAGUGUUAAAAGCUGGUGGGACAACUCUUAUUCGCAAGUCUUCCCAAUCUGCUGUGGGUUUAGAUGAUAAGACUAUACCUGAUCUUGAAAACAAGUUGUUAUUGGCAGGGUUUUCAGAAAUCCAGGCUUUGCAAUCUUCUGCGAUAAAAGCUAAAAAGCCUUCAUGGAAAAUUGGUUCAUCUUUUGCACUAAAAAAGGUUGUGAAGAGUUCCCCUAAAGUGCAAAUUGAUUUUGAUUCUGAUCUGAUUGAUGAAAAUAGUCUUUUGUCUGAAGAAGAUUUAAAGAAACCUCAACUGCCAUCUGGUGAUUGUGAAAUUGGAACUACAAGAAAGGCCUGCAAAAAUUGCUCAUGUGGGAGGGCAGAAGAAGAGGAAAAAGUAUUCAAGUUAGAAUUGACAGCAGAACAGAUUAAUAAUCCUAAAUCAGCUUGUGGCAGUUGUGGGCUAGGGGAUGCAUUUAGGUGCAGUACCUGCCCUUACAAGGGACUGCCUACCUUCAAAAUGGGCGAGAAGGUUGCAAUUUCAAAUAACUUCCUUACUGCAGACAUAUGA